AUGGCUGGUUUCGGAAACAUUGCUUCCAAUCUCGGAGAUUUGGCAACAGAGGUAGCAAAGCAGGUUGGAGGAGAAGCCCUAGCAAGCAGGUUGGUAUCUGUAAGAAAUUCGGGAGAGAACUUUGAACUUCUGAAGCAAGAACUGCAAGGACUACUUGCAUUGAAAGAAGAUAAAGAGAAGGAAGUUCAGGGAAACAGACACAAAGAUACCUCAAGUGCUUAUCGCUUAUGGUCUGCAAAGGUGUUUGAGGUAGCUGCUGAAACUCGUCAUUUGAUUGCCAAAUAUGAAACUUCAACUUGGUCUUGGAAGCAUCCAACUCUAUCCCCAGAGAUUGAGAAAAGACUUAAAGACGUUCAACAACUCGUAGAGAAGGGAAAUUCUGUGGAUUGUACAGUUGAUAAACCACCGGAUCGAAUCUUAAAAGUUUUUUAUGCUCCUGAAAUCAUGGGGUAUAAGACUCUCCAAACUGAUCACACAGAUCACGAGCUUCAAUGUAAAAUAGCAAAGCGAUUGAAGGUGGAUACUGAAGUCAUCAAUGAUCCAGAGGAAGUUGCGAGAAUAAUACAUGAGGAGCUGCAAACUAAGAAGUAUUUGCUGAUUUUGGAUGGGGCAGCGGAUGAAAUCAACUUGAGUCAGCUGGGAAUACCAUGUAAUGACAAUCACAGUAAGGUGAUAAUAACUGCUCAACAUCGCCAAGUUUGUACCUUGAAUGGAGCAGAAAGGAUGAUUGAGGUAGGCCUGUUAUCCCGGGAUGAGGCAUGGAAGAUGUUCUGUAACACUGUAGGUCCUGUGAUUGGUCUCCCGGACAUUCCAGAGAUAGCUCGGCGUGUAUGUGACAAGUGCUCUUGUCUUCCCCUUCUGAUACAAAAGAUAGCACGCUCAUUCAGAUUGAAAAAGAGUGCUUCCAGCUGGAGGGUAGGACUGGAAGAUCUUGAAGAACGAUGGCCAGAUUAUGAGAAUGAAGGCGUAAGUGAGUUGUACUCAUUCUUGACGUUCUGUUAUGAUGAAUUGAAAGAUGAAAACAAAAAGAAAUGCUUUCUGUAUGCUUCAUUGUACCCUGCCAAUUGUAAGGUUUAUACUGACUAUUUGGUGGAGUGUUGGGCUGCUCAAAACUUCCUUGGUGAUGUUAACAACACAAGGAAAUACCAAAAGGCACGCGAUCGUGGUCAGGCGAUAUUGGAACAUCUUACUGAUGUCUCUCUUCUGGAUAGAGGAAAACAGAUGAUAUAUGUUUCUAUGAAUGAUUGUAUGCAACAACUUGCUUUGCAUAUAUCAUCUAAGCACCCUGAAUGUAGUUCUUAUGUCCAAACUAGAGAGAAACUUGAUGAUGCCCAAGAAUCAUUAUCAUGGGAGAAGGCUAGAUGGGUAUCAAUGAUAGACACUAAUCUGAAAAAUUUGCCAACAAACCAAGAUUGUAGCAUGCUUUUGAUGCUAUUGCUGCAGAAGAAUCCAGACUUGUCUACGAUCCCACAACUGUUUUUCAAGAAACAUAUGAGAAGUCUUCUCGUGUUGGACUUGUAUGGCACUGGAAUUAGGUGGUUACCAUCAUCGGUGUCAAAGUUGACAGGUCUUAAAGGGCUCUAUCUUAAUCACUGUAAGCAUCUAAGGGUACUCAGAUAA